GCAGGGCCCGGCAGGUGCGGGCUGGCGAGGCGGAGCCAGAAGUUGUUCUCCCCUCAGCUGCUCCGAGGCCAGGUUGGGGCUCUGCUGAGGGAGGCAGGAGGAAGCAUCGCAUGUGGAAGCUGGCCGGCUGCCAACUCCCGGGACAGCCCUGGGUCAUUCCUAAUUGCUGCGGGCUGACUCACCUCCACGUCAAAGGCCCCGGCCCCAGUUCAGCUAUUUAACCUGCUGCGUGGAGCCAGCUCGAAUCCACUCCUGGGGCAGCUGAGCCCUGCCCGCCGCCGGCCUGCUGCCACCGGCAGACACCGGCCCGCAGAGCAGCCCCGUGGGCACUGGCUUGCCCCGCGGUCUGCACUCAGGAUGCCAGGCCCUGGCGCUCCGGGCCUGGCCCCGGCCCCGGCCCAGCAGGUAUGUCUGUGGCAGCACUACCUGCUGGCCAUCCGCUCUCGGGAGGCGGCUCGCAUCCAGGACUACCAGCGCGCGGAGAACACGCUGCUGGCCGCACUGGAGCGCGUGCACGCCCUGGACCCCCGCUUCCUCGUCGACUAUUCCCGCGACCCGGAGGCCCGCCAGUUCGCGCUGCGCUCCUCGGAGGAGCCGCUGGACAUGGAGGUACCCCUGCGGGUGGACGCUGAGGGCCUCCUGAUUGAGGGCCCGGGAGCCGCCGCGCCGCGGGCUGGCCCCACACUCUGCCGCGUGGGCGUCCCCCGGGGCGUGGCCGGCCUGGAGCCCUGGAUGACCGCCGACGUCUUCAGCGCCACCCCGGAGGCCGGCACCAGGUGCUGCGGACACAUCGUCCCAAGCAAGGUCCUGCGCGUCCUGAAGGACCUUCUGGUGGCAGCCAUUGUGCACUGCAGGCACCAGGGCCUCAUCCCGCCAGGAUCGCUGAGUGUGGCCAGCCUGAAGGACGGUCAUCUUCAUCUGUCCCUGCUGGUGUCCAGUGGCUGGAGGAGGAUCGGCUUCCGCGUCAUACCGGUGGUCAGGACGCGGCGUGGGGCCCCCGGGCUGGACGGGGCCCGCUUGGCGUCUGGAUUUCCCGAGGGUGCCUGGAGAAGGCUCGUCAGCCACGGGGUGGACCUGGUGCCCGCCAGCGCCCAGCACUGGAGGGUCUCCACCGAGCACCUGCUCACGCGGCUGCUUGGAGAGCUGGGGUCUCUGCGGGGCCACCGGCUGGACAGCCUCUCCAUCCUCGACCGGGUGAACCUGGAGAGCUGGAGAGGCGGCGGCCGGAGCCCUGGCCUGACCUUCGACCACCUGAAGACCGUGCUGCUGUGGGCCUCGGCCCUCUUCCCCGCCCCCGAGGACUGGGCGGAGCUGCAGGGGGCUGUGUACCGGCUGCUGGUGGUGCUGCUCUGCUGCCUGGCCACCCGGAGCCUGCCCCACUUCCUCCACCCUGGGAGCAACCUGCUGCAGGCCAGCGGCCUGGACCUCGGCACCCUCUACCAGCACGUGGAGGCCUUUGCCAGCCGGCCCGAGGGGUCCCUGCGUAUCCAUGCCACUCACCUGGGCCAGGGCCCCCCGCCGCGCCUCUGCCACGGGGUCAAGGAACUUCUGCAGCUGCCUGCCAGUGACCCUUCCUGCUGGACCACCGCCUACUUCGAUGUCCUGCUGGACAAGUUCCAGGUUUUCAACAUCACGGACAAGGACCGCGUCUCCGCCAUGCAGAGCGUCUUCCUGAAGUCCAAGGCCCUGGGCGGCAAAGAGAACUGAGCCGGGCCGUUCACCCCGGCUCUCCCUGGGCAUCGUGGGCAUGUGGAGAAGCUGUGGUGGAGGAACUCUGUCCACAGGACGGCUGUGAGGCCCGAGGGGCUGUCCGCAUCUGCUCUGGCAGCUGCCCAUCCAGGGGAGGCCUGGGGUGCAGCUGUGUCCGUGGGAGCUGGACCUGGAGGUUGGGCCCUGUGUGCUGCAUGGCCCUGCAGACAAAACGCUCUGUCCCAUCUCCAAUGCAGUAAAGUCCCAGAACACCCAA